GCGACGAACUCAUCACUGGUUUGGUUCCGCAGAGUGAAGCGACGAUGCGGAAGUGGGCGCUCUCCUCCGCGCUCCUCCUCCUCUUCCUCCUCACGACCCUCCCCGGUCCAGCUAAGAAGCUACAAGUGAAUGCCGAGGAGAGCAGUGAUGACUUAGCCAACCCACCCAAGGUAGAGGAGAAGAUUGGUGCUGUUCCUCAUGGCCUGUCAACUGACUCUGAGGUUGCCCAGAGGGAAGCCGAGUCAAUCUCUAGGAAGACUCUCAGGAGCUCGGCAGAGAAGUUUGAGUUCCAAGCUGAGGUGUCCAGACUCAUGGAUAUCAUCAUCAACUCACUCUACAGCAACAAGGACAUCUUCCUGAGGGAGCUCAUAUCCAAUGCCUCUGAUGCCUUGGAUAAGAUUAGGUUCCUUUCCCUCACUGAUAAGGAGGUUCUCGGCGAAGGUGACACUGCUAAGCUUGAAAUACAGAUUAAGUUGGACAAAGAGAAGAAGAUCCUCUCCAUUCGGGAUAGGGGUAUUGGUAUGACCAAGGAAGAUCUGAUUAAGAACCUUGGAACCAUAGCUAAAUCUGGGACUUCAGCUUUUGUGGAAAAGAUGCAGUCUGGAGGUGACCUCAAUCUGAUUGGACAGUUUGGUGUCGGUUUCUAUUCUGUGUACUUGGUUGCCGACUAUGUUGAAGUGGUCAGCAAGCACAAUGAUGACAAACAGUAUGUGUGGGAGUCGAAGGCUGAUGGAUCAUUUGCUAUAUCUGAGGAUACAUGGAAUGAACCCCUUGGCCGUGGAACUGAGAUAAGACUCCAUCUGCGAGAUGAGGCCAAGGAGUACUUGGAAGAGGAUAAGCUAAAGGAUUUGGUGAAGAGGUACUCUGAGUUCAUCAACUUCCCCAUUUAUUUGUGGUCAACCAAGGAGGUUGAUGUUGAAGUGCCAGCUGACGAGGAAGAAACAAGUGAAGAAGAGGAGUCGACCCCAGAAACCACUGAGGAGGAAGAAACAGAAGAAAGUGAAGAGAAAAAGCCCAAGACAAAGACAAUAAAGGAGACUACUUCUGAGUGGGAGCUUCUGAAUGAUGUGAAGGCUGUAUGGCUUCGUAGCCCCAAGGAGGUUACUGACGAAGAGUACUCAAAGUUUUACCACUCACUAGCUAAGGACUUCGGUGAUGACAAGCCUAUGGCUUGGAGCCACUUCACUGCUGAGGGAGAUGUUGAGUUCAAAGCUUUGCUCUUUGUUCCUCCGAAGGCUCCACAUGAUCUCUAUGAGAGUUACUACAACAAUAACAAGUCAAACCUCAAGUUGUAUGUCAGAAGAGUUUUUAUCUCCGAUGAAUUUGAUGACCUUCUUCCAAAGUAUCUCAACUUUUUGAAGGGUAUUGUUGACUCGGACACACUACCUCUGAAUGUUUCACGAGAAAUGCUUCAACAACAUAGCAGUCUGAAGACCAUCAAGAAGAAGCUGAUCCGCAAAGCUCUUGACAUGAUUAGGAAAAUUGCUGAAGAAGAUCCUGAUGAGUACAGCAACAAAGAUAAGACAGAUGAAGAGAAAAGUGAAAUGGAGGAGAAGAAGGGCCAGUAUGCCAAGUUCUGGAAUGAGUUUGGCAAAUCAAUCAAGCUCGGCAUCAUUGAAGAUGCAACUAACAGGAACCGCCUUGCUAAGCUUCUUAGAUUUGAAAGUACCAAGUCAGUUGGCAAACUUGCCUCUCUUGACGAAUACAUUUCAAGGAUGAAGCCCGGGCAGAAAGACAUCUUCUACAUCACAGGAAGUAGCAAAGAACAGCUGGAGAAGUCUCCGUUCCUUGAGAGGCUAACCAAGAAAAACUAUGAGGUUAUCUUCUUCACCGACCCAGUGGACGAGUAUCUGAUGCAAUACUUGAUGGACUACGAGGACAAGAAGUUCCAGAACGUGUCCAAGGAGGGCCUGAAGCUGGGCAAGGACUCGAAGCUCAAGGACCUCAAGGAGUCGUUCAAGGAGCUGACUGACUGGUGGAAGAAGGCCCUGGAGAGCGAGAACGUGGACUCGGUGAAGAUCAGCAACCGGCUGCACAACACCCCCUGCGUUGUUGUCACCUCCAAGUACGGGUGGAGCGCCAACAUGGAGAAGAUCAUGCAGGCGCAGACCCUGUCGGACUCGAGCAAGCAGGCAUACAUGCGCGGCAAGAGGGUGCUGGAGAUCAAUCCCAGGCACCCCAUCAUCAAGGAGCUCCGAGACAAGGUCGCCCAGGACAGCGAGAGCGAGGGCUUGAAGCAGACGGCGAGGCUGGUGUACCAGACCGCCCUGAUGGAGAGCGGGUUCAACCUCCCCGACCCCAAGGAGUUCGCAUCCAGCAUCUACAAGUCGGUGCAGAAGAGCCUGGACCUGAGCCCUGACGCGACGGUCGAGGAGGAAGACGAGGCCGAGGAGCAGCCCGAGGUGGAGGAGAAGGAGUCGGCCAAGGAGGAGUCCGAGCCGUCAUACGACAAAGACGAGCUGUAGGGUGUUCGGAAAUGUUGUUGGACCAUUUUUCCCAUGCGAACGUGAUACGGGAUUUUUGCCUGUCUGUCUUUGUACCUAUACAAACUUUAGUUCAAUCUAAUUAAUUAGUGGCUGCACACGUCAAA